AGCAACACUAAUUAGUUAACGUGAACAGUAAACAGCCACGCAUCACAAACCUACCUACCAAACACACUGCUUCCCAACUCAGAUGGCGAAAACCCCCAGCUCCGCCACUGCCGCCGUUUCGUUUCCGUCGGAGGAAACUUCAUCAGCUUCGACAGAAACAAUAAUCUCCAAGGACUUGCCUCCAGAUUCAGCAGAGGAGAUCAAACAGUUUUUCACCUUUACCGGAGUCUCUAGCUCUUCCCCUCAAAACUACCAUUGCAAGGAUUUCUUUUCUAAUCUCAUUAGCCCUCUCCUCAAGGCUGACCUUGUCCAACGGGGCCACGUUUCCUGCAUCUUCUCUGUCCUACCUGCCGUUACUAAUUAUUUCAAUGGACUUCACGGUGGCGCUGUGGCAGCUAUAGCUGAGAGAGUGGCGAUUGCUUGUGCUAGAACUGUCGUGGCAGACGAUAAAGAAAUCUUCCUUGCUGAAUUGAGCAUUUCAUAUCUCUCUGCCGCACCAAAAAAUGAAGUUGUGGUAGUUGAUGGGUCUGUAGUGAGGAGCGGAAGAAAUUUAACUGUAGUUGCCAUGGAGUUCAAAAUCAAGAAAUCUAGGAAACUGGUCUACAUUGCCCGUGCUACUUUCUAUCAUAUGCCUAUUGCCAAGCUAUGAAACCGCUGUGGAUAAUCUGAUUCAGGAAGACUGGGAAAUAAUUCACUCAACCAGAUGGCUGCAAAUUUGUGAAGUAUGACGGGGAAUAAUUCAAUGAAGAAAAAUCAUCCUGUGAUACAGAGAUUUCAAUUUUUCAGCAACAUUCACACGCGAAUAAAAGCCAAGCAAAGUAUAGCAUAUUCUUGAUACUUAUGUACUAAAUAUUACCACUUGCCAAUCUGCGUCUUCUUGGAUGUUGCAUAUUCAAAAGGGCAAGUCCCUGGCCAAGCGACAUUUCGCUUGUCAUUUGACCAAAA